UCCCUCUCUCUCUCUCGCGCGCGCUCGCUCUCGCGCUCUCUCCUCCGGAGCUUAUCUCGGUGCGCAUCGUCAGCAUCAGUUUGAAGUCAAACCUGUCAGCCGCUGCCUGGUCCCUUUCCCGUCUCUCCCACUCUCCGCCGGUGAUCCCGUCUCAUCCGAGAGUUUCGGCGGGGACCGUGGGAGCGCGUCUCGCCGCUGCCUUCAACUUGGGCGGAAGAAAGAAAGGGGAAACUCCUCGGGAUUCUCCGUACAUCGAGCUCUGAUCCGGAUUUUCUGUCUGACGUGCUGAAGUGCUUCUUAAGGAGAAUUCUGGGGAGAUUUCUUGCUCUUUCGUUCCUCAAGGAUGAAGCAGCACCGCGGACCCGUGCACUGAGAGAGCUCCCACGUUCCAACUUCACGUUCCAGCAUGAACCAUGAGCAAAGGUUGUGAGGGCCUGUUUCUGUCAUCCUGUUGUACAGUGAGGCAGUGAGCUCACGGUGGAUACAGAAUGCAUGUGUCGACAUAUCCCAUGAUGCACUCUGCCAGUCCAGGUCUGCUCCUCCUCAGCUUCCUCUUCCUCGCUGAUGCCGACUCACCUCCAAGAUUCACACGGACCCCAGAGGACCAGACAGGAGUUCAGGGGGGAGUGGCGUCCUUCGUGUGCCAGGCCACGGGGGACCCCCAGCCCAAGAUCGUCUGGAACAAGAAAGGCAAGAAAGUCAGCAACCAGAGGUUUGAGGUUAUAGAGUUUGACGACGGGUCCGGCUCGGUCCUGAGGAUCCAGCCUCUGAGAACCCCGAGAGACGAGGCUAUUUAUGAAUGUCACGCCUCCAACUCUGCAGGAGAGAUCACUGCCUCCACCAGAUUAAAUGUGCUACGAGAGGACCAGCUGCCGUCUGGGUACCCCACCAUUGACAUGGGUCCCCAGCUCAAGGUGGUGGAGCGCUCUCGGACCGCCACAAUGCUCUGUGCCGCUAGUGGCAACCCUGACCCAGAAAUUACCUGGUUCAAGGAUUUCCUGCCAGUCAACACAUCCAAUAACAAUGGCCGAAUCAAGCAGCUCCGCUCAGAGUCCUUUGGUGGCACGCCCAUACGAGGUGCCCUGCAGAUAGAGAUGAGUGAGGAGUCAGACCAGGGGAAGUAUGAGUGUGUGGCCACCAACAGCGACGGGACGCGGUAUUCCACACCAGCUAACCUCUACGUCCGAGAGCUGCGAGAAGUGCGUCGCGUCCCCCCUCGCUUCUCCAUCCCCCCGGCCGACAGCGAGAUCAUGCCCGGGGGGAACGUCAACAUCACCUGCGUGGCCGUGGGCUCGCCCAUGCCCUAUGUGAAGUGGAUGCUGGGAGCGGAAGACCUGACGCCAGAGGACGACAUGCCCAUUGGCCGCAACGUCCUGGAGCUGACGGACGUGCGCCAGUCCAACAAUUACACCUGCGUUGCCAUGUCCACGCUGGGGGUGAUCGAGGCCGUCGCACAGAUUAUUGUCAAAGCUUUACCGAAGGCUCCUGGCAUGCCUGUGGUGACGGAGAGGACUGCAACAAGCAUCACUCUUACCUGGGAUUCUGGAAACCCUGAACCUGUCUCCUAUUAUAUAAUACAGCACCGCGCCAAAGGCUCGGAGGACCCAUACAAAGAGAUCGACGGCAUCGCCACCACGCGUUACAGCGUGGGCGGCCUCAGCCCUUACUCCCAUUAUGACUUCAGGGUGGCGGCUGUUAACACCAUCGGCCAGGGCCCGUCCAGCGACGUGGUGGAGGCUCGCACCGCUGAGCAGGCUCCGUCCUCCCCACCGCGACAGGUCAGAGGUCGCAUGCUGAGCACAACCACCGCCAUCAUCCACUGGGAUGAGCCGGAGGAACCUAACGGGCAGGUGGUCGGCUACAGAGUGUACUACACCUCCGACAACGCGCUGCCAGUCAACCAGUGGGAGAAGCAGAUGGUGCGCAGCGCUAACUUCAUCACCAUCCAGAGUUUGACUCCUAACAAGACGUACUACAUCAGAGUGUUGGCCUUCACCUCCGUAGGGGACGGUCCCCUGUCCCAGGACCUGCAGAUUAUAGCCAAGACUGGAGUUCCAUCCCAGCCUUCGGAUUUUAAGGGCGAGGCCAAAUCUGAGACCAGUAUCCUGUUGUCCUGGGUGGCCCCACCUCAGGGUGGCCCGGACAACCAGAUCACGGGUUACGAACUGGUCUACCGACGAGCAGAUGACACGGAGGAGAAAAAAGUGAGCUUCGAACCCACCACCUCUUAUCUGCUGAAGAACCUGAAGCCUUUCUCCAGCUACACCUUCCAGCUGGCUGCCAGGAGCAAGCACGGGAUCGGGGCGUACACGAACGAAGUGUCCAUUGACACGCCACAGACACUUCCUGCAGCGCCCCCCCAGGACAUCACAUGCACCAGUCCCAGUUCUACCAGUAUCCUGGUAAGUUGGGCUCCACCUCCUCUGGAGUUUCAGAAUGGCAUCAUUACGGGCUACUCCAUCCAGUACUCCAAUACCGAGGGCAACAAAACGUCCAAAAGAGUUGACGGAAUUCCUCCGGAGAGUUCUCCGUAUCUCCUGGAAAACCUGGAGAAAUGGACUGAGUAUGGAAUAACAGUGCGGGCGCAGACGGAAGCUGGGGACGGACCGGAAAGCUUGCAGCUGCUUAUUCGCACCGAGGAAGAUGUUCCAAGCGGGCCUCCGCGAGGGGUGGAGGCAGAGACUGUGAAUGCCUCGGCCGUUAGAGUGAAAUGGCGAGCACCAGCGCCUGAACGGCAGCAUGGUCAGAUCAGAGGCUACCAAGUCCACUAUGUGAGAAUGAACUACGGAGAAGCUCAGGGUCAUCCCUUCGUCAAGGACAUCCUUAUAGAGGACUCUCAGUGGACAUAUGAUGACACAGCUGAAUAUGAAGUGAUUCUGGGAGACCUGAGGGCAGACACCUCUUACUCCGUAUCAGUGGGGGCUUACACAGCCAGAGGCGAUGGUGCUCGCAGCAAACCUGUAACAGUCUGCACUGCCCUGCCACUGCCUGAGAAGCCCAAGCUGAUGGUGAGUGCCACUGACGUAGGUACUGCUCUGCUUCAGUGGUACCCGCCGCCAAACCCGCCCACCCCGAUCCUGGGGUUCCGCCUCACCUUCGGCCGCGCUGACGUCCUACCCUUUACAGUGGUGGAGUUCCCAACCAAGGAGAACCGCUACACCGCCCAUGACAUUCACAAGGGAGCCAGCUAUGUGUUCCGACUCGCGGCCCGCAACAAAAUGGGCUACGGCGAGGAAGCGGCGAUGGAAGUGACCACUGCAGAAGACGCCCCCAGCGGAUUCCCACAACAAAUCGCGUCCGAGGAGGCGUCUGACGCCUCCCUCCGGCUGGAAUGGAAAUCAGUGCCGCUAAUUGAGCAAAAUGGAAAAAUAACCAAGUACUCGGUGCUGUACAAGGACGUAAACAGUCGAGGGAACGCCUCCGAAGUCGUGGUGCCGGCUCCAGAAUCAAGCGUUGUGUUGGAGGGUUUGAGCGCAGACACUGUGUAUGAUGUCAGGGUGUGCGCGUUCACUGCUGUGGGUCCUGGGCCAUACAGCCCCAGCGUCCAGUUUAGGACGCAGCGGCUCGACCAAGUUUUUGCCACCAACUUCAGAGUAAAAGCUGCCAUGAAGAACUCUGUGCUACUGUCGUGGGAGAUCCGGGACAAGAACCCUGCCCAGCCGUUCACGAUCCUGUACGGGAAGGGCCAGUCGGUGGAAGUGGACGGGAAGCAGACCCAGAAGCUGAUCACUGGCCUGGAGCCGGACACUCAGUACUCCUUCCUGCUCACCAACCGGGCCAACAGCGCCGGGGGCCUGCAGCACCGCGUCACCGCCACCACAGCCCCGGACCUCCUGAAGACCAAGCCCACCGUGGUGGGCAAGACCAACGCGGACGGAAUGGUGACGGUGCAGCUGCCCGUCGUGCAGACCGCCGCUAAAGUCAGAGGUUAUUAUGUGGUGGUGGUUCCGCUGAAGAAGAUGAAGGGGAAGUUUCUGAAUCCCUGGGAGGAGCCCGACCAGAUGAACCUGGAUGAGCUGUUGAAGGAAAUCAACAGGACCAGCAUCAGUCACGCCCUGCGCAUCCGCAGACAGGCUGCUCAGUCGGACCCCAGGGCCUACGUCUCGGCCCACUUCAAGAGCCUGCCCCUGGAGUUCACGCUGGGCGACGGGCGCAACUACGGUGACUUCCGCAACCGGCCGCUGCUGAACGGACAGGAGUACGUGUUCUUCGUGCUGGCGCUGCUGGACCUUUCUGAGAAUACGAUGUACGCGACCAGUCCCUACUCUGACCCCGUGACCUCGUCGGACGUGGAUCCGCAGCCGAUGGUCGACGAGGAGGAGGGGCUGCUGUGGGUGGUGGGGCCCGUUCUGGCCGUCAUCUUCAUCAUCUGCAUCGUCAUCGCCAUCCUCCUUUUCAAGAGCAAACCUGACAGGAAGCGCGCUGAGGCCGAGGGCAGGAAGGGCAGCUUCCCCUGCAGCAAAGCCAUGUCGUCCCACCACCCCACCGACCCGGUGGAGCUGCGCCGCAUCAACUUCCAGACGCCAGCCUACCGCGUAUCAGUGUACCGCGGUUACCGGCGCUUGUCAAGCAUGGCAAGUCACCCGCCCGUCCCCAUCUCGGAGCUGGCGGAUCACAUCGAGCGCCUAAAGGCCAACGACAAUCUCAAGUUCUCUCAAGAGUACGAGUCCAUUGACCCUGGUCAGCAGUUCACGUGGGAGAACUCCAACUUGGAGGUGAACAAGCCAAAGAACCGCUACGCUAACGUCAUCGCCUACGAUCACUCCAGAGUGAUCCUCUCCAGCAUCGAUGGCGUCCCAGGCAGUGACUACAUCAAUGCUAACUAUAUUGACGGCUACCGCCGCCAGAAUGCCUACAUCGCCACUCAGGGCUCCCUCCCUGAGACGUUCGGGGACUUCUGGAGGAUGGUCUGGGAGCAGCACACGGCCAACAUCAUCAUGAUGACCAAGCUGGAGGAGAAGUCCCGGAUGCCCUCUUAUUUCUUCUCUAAGGUGAAGUGCGAUCAGUACUGGCCGACCCGCGGCACAGAGACCUACGGCCUCAUCCAGGUCACUCUGCUGGACACGGUGGAGCUGGCGACCUACUCUGUCAGGACCUUUGCCCUUUACAAGAGCGGCUCCAAUGAGAAGCGCGAGGUUCGUCACUUCCAGUUCACGGCCUGGCCAGACCACGGGGUGCCUGAACACCCCACCCCCUUCCUGGCCUUCCUUCGCAGGGUCAAGGCCUGCAACCCCCCAGAUGCAGGACCCAUGGUUGUGCAUUGCAGCGCCGGAGUGGGUCGCACCGGCUGCUUCAUCGUGAUCGACGGCAUGACGGAGCGGAUCAAGCACGAGAAGACCAUCGACAUGUACGGCCACGUCACGCUGAUGCGCUCCCAGCGCAACUACAUGGUGCAGACGGAGGACCAGUACAUCUUCAUCCACGACGCGCUGCUGGAGGCCGUGACCUGCGGGAACACCGAGGUCCCCGCUCGGAACCUCUACUCCUACAUCCAGAGGCUCACGCAGAUCGAGCCGGGAGAGAACGUCACCGGGAUGGAGCUGGAGUUCAAGCGUCUGGCCAGCGCCAAGGCCCACACAUCGCGCUUCGUGAGCGCCAACCUGCCGUGCAACAAGUUCAAGAACCGGCUGGUGAACAUCAUGCCCUACGAGACCACCCGCGUGUGUCUGCAGCCGAUCAGAGGGGUGGAGGGCUCCGACUACAUCAACGCCAGCUUCAUCGACGGAUACAGGCAGCAGAAGGCCUAUAUAGCAACCCAGGGCCCGCUGGCUGAGACCACGGAGGACUACUGGAGGAUGCUGUGGGAGCACAACUCCACCAUAGUUGUCAUGCUGACCAAACUGAGAGAAAUGGGACGGGAGAAGUGCCACCAGUACUGGCCCGCGGAGCGCUCCGCCCGGUACCAGUACUUCGUGGUGGAUCCCAUGGCCGAGUACAACAUGCCCCAGUACAUCCUGCGGGAGUUCAAGGUUACCGACGCCAGGGACGGCCAGUCGCGAACAGUCCGUCAGUUCCAGUUCACCGACUGGCCGGAGCAAGGAGUGCCAAAGUCAGGGGAGGGGUUCAUCGACUUCAUCGGCCAAGUGCACAAAACUAAAGAGCAGUUCGGCCAGGACGGGCCCAUCACCGUGCACUGCAGUGCCGGAGUCGGGAGGACCGGCGUCUUCAUCACCCUCAGCAUCGUGCUGGAAAGGAUGAGGUACGAGGGCGUGGUGGACAUCUUCCAGACGGUCAAGAUGCUGCGCACCCAGAGACCUGCCACCGUUCAGACCGAGGACCAGUACCAGUUCUGCUACCGGGCCAGUCUGGAGUACCUGGGAAGCUUCGAUCACUAUGCAACAUAAGCCCGGCGGCCGUGUCUCGCGCCACAUCCCACCUAGUGCACGUUUUUUUUUGUUUGGUCCCACGCGUCCUGAAUGAAUGCACUAGGGCGUGAUGUGUCUCUGAAGAUUUCGCCAGCGCACGCGGAGAGAAGGGGGACCAUCGGCUUGACGCGUACCCAGAAACAGCACCUCUUACUGAGCCAUAGCAACCUGCUUGACAAGGGUGUUUUCCUUCCACCCUCAGCCCUAAACACAGUCAUCGGUCAGUCUGAAUGAGCAACUUCAACCACUGUUCCACUCAGAAUACUUGAUCAAACAUAGAUUUUUACUCAUUUCCGUGCUUUUUUGCGAGCACCCCGAUUGCUUUACAUUGUUUGGUUGUGGAACUUUCACCUUGACCACCACCAGUGUAGCAUCACUACCGUAUGAAACCGGACCUGGCUACAGUAUUUAGCUGUCACGGAAAAUUAGUUUGGUUUCUUUUUUUUAAUACCUUGAGGACUGUCUACAAAUCCAUCAUAUGGAAACCUCAAGGACUGAAUGAACUGGGACUUUUUGAGCACCAGAGAAUUGCCAACGAGAGACUAAAGACACAGAGCACGCAGUAUUAAUGAGACGACGACCACCUGCCCAGAAAACAGACACUGAGAAGGUUCAUCCGUUUUAUUUUGGAAACAGACUCUCGUUUCUUGUGAAUGAAAAAGAAGAUAUUUCUACAGUAAUAAAAGCCACCAGUUCAACCUUAUGUCACCGUUCAAGGUCCUGGGAAUUUGAAAGAGGUUUCAAAUGCAUACCACGAAGUAAAACAUUCAUUUAGUUUUUUAUAAAUAUAUAUAGAUAUGUGAUUAUCUUGUUUUUUAAAAGCUGGGUAUUCCUUAUGGCACGUUCUGUUUGCUUUGGUUUUUACAGAUCUGCAACUUUGCCCCCCAUCGACCAGACAAAGGCAGAGUCGUGCUUGUUUUGUUUCCGUGUAAUCCAAUGAGCUGUAGCGAUUUUUUAAGAAGUGAUACAGUACUGUUUUAACGUGUAAAAUCAAAUCUAGUGUGGAAAGAUGUUCACAAUUCUAUGAAACGCACCGUCAUUGAGUGUCACGCUCCCGUAUUCUCUCGACCCACUCGCUUUAAAAAAAAAAAACACACACACACACACACACACACACACAAUCCCACGUGUUUCGCAUGCGCACAGGAAUCUCGGCCUGUGUUCUACCGGGUCUGUGAUGUCAGAGACGCCAGGGGCGGCCAUUACCCCCCGGGGGCCGGGGGGGUGGGGGGGGUUCACCCGGCCCAGCGGCUCCGCGUGCAUGCUGGGAGGGAGAAGCUGGGCGGACCCACAGCGACAGAGAGGACGCACAGGGAGAAGAGAACGAAAAGCAACUAUUUAUGUCCAGAUAAGCUUCACAGAGUUUCUCGAGCAGGGAGUAAAGAAGGGAAGUGGAGAGAGGGGGGACGGGGGGGACCGGGGGGGGUCGGGGAAGGAGCCGACUUCUCACUGGAAUGCUCACGUAUGACUUUUCUCUCUGUCUGAUUCAGUGUGCAAUAAGUAGAUGUAUUAUAUAUUUUUGUGUCGAGUCACUAACUGCAGUUAUAUGCCAUGAUGAUGAUGAUGAUGAUGAUGAUGAUGGUGCAUCACGUUCCAGACACAAGGAUACGCUCGAUUAUGAUUCCCGCCACAUUUUAAUGUGUCCAAACAGAGGAAUGACCUCUGACCUUUUAGGAAGUAGGUAUUUUCUCACGUCACAUCUCCAGUAGGUGAUGUCAUCCUUCUGUGCGUCACGGCAACCGGCGAAUGAUCAAACUCAUGUUUCAAACAGCAUCUAAUAGUUCUUUUGAUUUUAGAUUUCUAGUGCCUUAUAUUACACGCCUAUUUUGAUAACGUUACUUUAAAGGGUUUCUGUGUAUUUUAUGUGCGGAUGCUCGUGCGCGUGGGAAGCGAGUGCGUGCGUGGAUAUGAUUUUCUUACGUCAUGGUGUGUUCAAGUGUCCCGUGCGUUCUGUUUUUCGGCUGUGAAUCUUUUUUCGUGCAGGCUCAUCACAUGCAACCCAGCAAGCGAACGGUCUCGCCUGCAUCCGUCAAAGGAGGUUUUAUCUCACGCAGGGGUCGACUAAGGACGAAAAAACCCUGAAUUAAAUUAGGAGCAGGAAAAUCAACGUGGAGAGGGAACAGUGUCCAGUUUUCCACGUUGUACUUGAAGGGAGCCUUGUGCCAGCUUUGUGAGUGUCCUCUUCUUGACGCGCUGGCGACUUCGGCGCCGGCUGCGAGCGUCCACCUGCGAACCUUUCACCCAGAUUCAGUCCAGCGGCUCACCUCUGUCCUUCAUUUCGAAUGCGUGGAGUCGAUUUUCCUUUCAUGACAAAUGCUGAGAGAAGUUCAGGUGCUACUUCUUCAACGACACAGAACCUACACGCUCUUCUUUCUGUCUCCAUCUCCGCUUGGCCAUACGAGGGAGCAUCGACAGUUUUCCACUAUCUUACAAUAACCCUGUUGUCGUUUUUGUAUGCAUGGUACCAAUUUCCCCAAACGCCCCUUUGGUCGCACCUGUUAUGGGAAGACUUGCACUUUCUCUCCUUGUACUAUGCACUAAUACUAGUAUCCUAUUAUCUCGGAGGCCCUCCCCCCACAAAAGAAGAGUUUUACUUGAACUCAGCAAAGAUGGAUCCUGUAAUGCUCACAUAGUUGUGUAUAUGUAAAUAACACAAAACACAGAGUAAUUGAAAUGCAUAGAAAUUACAAAUAAAUGAAUAAAUCAGUUAAAUGAAGCUUGAGAGGAAAUGUAUCAGAUAUGCAGCGUGAUAUAAUAAAAGGAUGCACCUGAGAUCACACUUUUAUGGCACAGGAGUAUGUGCAAUACACCACAUUGUGGAUUUGUUGUCCCACAAAGGAGAAGUUUCACAAUAAAAGUGUUCUAUUUUACCCCCAAUGUAUCAUGUAAAUGGAUAAAACUGGAGUUUAUAAAUUGUAUAAAAGCAAAAAUAUGGUGUGUUGCUUGGAUCAGUUACCUCCAAUCGGUCUGUAAAUGUAAACCUUUUAUUUUUGUUUUUGUUUUUCUGCUCCGAGUCAACAAGUGCUUUUUAUUUUCUUACAUUGGUUCUCGGAGUGUGUGAAAAACUGACAAACAGGUCUGUAUGGAUUUCUGUUCUUUGUCGACACAAGUUUCAUUUGUUACAAAUAAACUCAAGUGAAAUAAUUA